ACAUCAUAAAGUACAUCGCCCGUCACUAACACAACAUAAAAGAAGCCGCUAUCUAGCAAUGCGACAUAAAGGAUGGCGUGACCACACUCCUUCUUCCUCUUGUGGAUAUGUUGGGACUUUUUUUAUAUAGGUUAAAGAUGCUCGAUCAUGGCCUCCAUGGUUGGUGUGAUGUUUUCAUCGUAUUUUGAGUAGCUUCCGUCAUUUGUUGCAUAAUCUAGAGGGAAUCUCUUGCCUUAUUCUUCCAAAGAUUGAGUUAUAAACUGAUCAUCUUCUUCUUCAAUGGCCUCAUGAUGAUCAUCCUCUGCAUGAUCCACGAUCUUUCUACAUUCUUCCUCAUCUAAUGUUUUUUAUUUGAGAUGAUCUUCCUCUUCUCUAGAGUCCAUGAAUUCUUCAUCCCCCACAAGACCUUCUUGCUCCUUGACCUUUCCAAAACCUUAGUGCAUCUUAUAGCAGUUGCUUUGGCGUUUCAUUAUUGGUGCUAGCAUUUAUGGCUGGAAGUAGGGGUGGAAAUCGGUACGGUAUUGGUAUCUCAAUACCAAAUACCGAAAUCCCGAAUACCGAAUUACACCCUAAAGUCAAUCCCAAUCCCAAUCUCUAAACAUUUCGGUAUCCCAAUCUCAAUCCCUAAAUAUAGCGGUAUCCCAAUCGAUACUUCGGUAUCCCAAUCGGUAUUAUCGAAUACGAAAUUAGUUACAUUUACAAUUAAUAAUUAAGUAUAUAAAUUAGAUUUUACUGUUUAAUUUAGGGGAAAAAGACUAAGAAAAGAGUCUUGAAUUAGGAUAUUAUUAAGGAGAAUGAAGGAGAGGAGACAUCUCAAGUUCUUGUCAUUGGUAAUCUUUAAUUUGACGAAUUGGAGGUUGACAGACGACUAUUAAUAGUGAUGGAAUGAUUUAUGUAUAAUUAAAUGACACUUUUGGUGGCUGAGGGUCGUGUAGUAGUGAAUGAGAGAGUCUAGUUGAGAAGAAAAAUUAAAUACACACUAGCUUAUAUUUCGGUACAUACCGAUCCCAAUCCCAUAAUCUCUAAUACCGAAUAACAAAUUAAAUUAAAUCCCAAUCCCAAAAAAUAAUUCGUGUAUUCGGUAAUACCAUAUAUAGACAAAUUCGGUACGGUAUACCGAAUACCGUACCAAAUUUGUCUAUAUAUGGUAUUACCUAGGGCUGCAAAUGAGCUGAGCUGUUCGUGAGCGGCUCGGUGUUCGACUCGAGGAAAGCUUGUUCGAAACUCGGCUCGUUAAUAAACGAGCCGAACAUGAGCUAAACUUUCUUGAGCUCGUGAAGCUCGCGCGCUAGCUGGGCUCGGUGGCUUGUUGAGCUAAACUCGUGAGCUGGCUCGUUUAGAGCUCAUGAUAUGCCUCAACAUGUGGCUAGAGAGCCAACUCGAUUACCGACUUAUGGACGAAUCAAUCUAUAUCUUAUGUUUUUAAUUAAUAUGGUUGUUAAAUUAUAUAUUUCACCAUAUAUAAAGUUUAAAACGUUGAGUAUGUGAGCAAAUAUAUCUUAUUUUCUACUUUAAAAAAAAUUAUGUAUCAUAAAUAGUUUCGUUACUAUGAAAUAACAUGAUUUGGAGUACUUAAAAUAUAUUAACUAAAUGAUAUAUGAUACCAACAAAGUAUAAUAUGAUAUUAGCUAACAAAAUAAAUCAUGUGUAUAAUGAUAUACAAAAUGAAGUACCAAAUAAAAGUUAAGAUUUUAGUAAACAAGCUAACUCGAGCUCGACUCGACUCGUUAAUAAACGAGCUGAGCUCGAGCUCGACUCGUUUAUUAAUGAGCCGAGCUCAAGCUGGGGUAAAACUCGACUCGGUUCGGCUCAUUUGCAGCCCUAUUACCGAAUACAUGUAUUAUUUCUUGGGAUUGAGAUUCAAUUUCAAUGGUUAUUCGGUGUUAGGGAUUAUGGGAUUGAGAUCGGGAUAUACCAAAAUAUAAGCUAGGGAGUAUUUUAUCCUCUCAAUUAUACUCUCUCGUUCACUACUACACUACCAUCAACCACCAAUCUAUUGUUAUUUUCAUAACACCAAAAAGCAAACAAUAGUAUUAGUCUUCUCUCAGUCUCCAAUUCGUCAAAUUAAAAAUUACUAAUGACAAAAACUUGAGAUGUCACCUUUACUUUAUUCUCCUUAUCCAUAUCCUAGCUCUAGUCAAACUCAAAACUCUUUGUUUAGUCUCUUUGUUCUAUAUUAAACAAUCAAAUCUAAUUUAUAUAUUUAAUUAUUAAUUGUAAAGGUAAUUAAGUUCGUAUUUGAUAAUACCUAUAGAGAUACCGAAGUACUAAUUGAGAUACUGAAAUAUUUAGGGAUUGAGAUUAGGAUACUGAAAUUAUUUAGGAUUUGAGAUUGCUUAAUCUAGGGUGUAAUUCGGUAUUUCGGUAUUUGAGAUUUUGGUAUUCGGUAUUGGAAUACCGAUAUCGUAUUGAUUUCCACCACUAUGAGAUAUUUGUUGUUGCUAAGGGUCACAGGGUAAAAAAGUGACCCGUCCCUAAGUUAAUUGUCUCUACUCAUCCUGACCCUUACAAGAUCAACAAAUGACCCGUCCCUAAUCUGACCCUGUAAACAAACUAACUCGUCUCGACCCUUAGGGACGAGACAUAUCGGGUUUUUCGGGUCAAGCUUACACUCCUAAAUCAUAUCAGUGAUUUUCUUGUCAAACCCGAUCCAACCGGCACCUUGCUCAUACAAUAUACUUUGAAUGUUGCAGAUAUGUUAAUUAUGUUUUGGAAUUCGUAGAUGCUACCAGCUGGUUUAGCGAUGGCAAUGGGGAGGGCGGGUACCUCAAUACCCAUGUCCCGCCCCAUGCUACUACGGGUCGGGUAGGCCCCCCGUGCUGGUACGGGGCGGGCAGAUCGACCCACUCUUACAUGUUAUUUGAAAAUAACACAUGCAAAUUUUACUUUUUACGCUAAAACGAAAGGGAAAAACACUAAAUGAAUGAAAAGUAGUUGUAAUAGAAUGAGUAAUUGAGUCUAACCAGUUGAAAGAUCGAUUCUAACUAGUUAAAAAAAAAGUCGAAAUAUGAGAAAUAUGCAUAGAGAUUGUAAGAAAUUGAGAUAAAAUGGGCCAAGAACGGAGCAGGACGGGCCGGAAGUAGAUACCCAUUUCUUACCUCACGCUACUGCGCGGGCCGGAUAGUUCCCGCGUCGUCGCAGAUCAGGUCGGAUAAUACCCACGGGGCGGAUUUAAAUUGCCAAGAAGCCUGGUAGCUAGUGGGGAAAUAUUUCUUUUCCCAUAAGAUUACAUUUAAUAAUAGUCCUCUGCCAAUUAGGCACGCCUCGUCGUCGCUACGCUGGCCUAGCCUGCAGACGUUUCCAUUCCCAAAGGUUGCAUGGCCAAUAGCCUGCCUAGCUUUACGUGCCAAGAAAACUAUGCAGCCUCCUCGCGAGUUUCGCCAUUUUCCUACUGUCACGAGACGUUUAAGAUUCGCUCCUAAAAAAAGCCUCUCUCUAUAUAUAUAUCCUGCGGCUGCGCCCACCCACCAAAUUAUCACCAAAAAACUGAAAACCAUGUCUACUUCUCGUCCCUUCCAUCUUCUCUCGUUUCUCCUCCCUCUCUGCCACCACGCCUUCAUUUCCGUCGCCGCUCUGGGCUUCCCGCCGCUCAAUAUCGACCUUGGCCCUCUCGCCGACCUCUGGCUGGACCCGUUCCGCGCCCUCCAGCUGGCGCCGUUCGUGGCCACGUGCCACGCCAGGGUGGACUGGAAGGAGACCGCCAAGGGACACGUCAUGAUACUCGACGUCCCCGGGCUGACGAGGGACGAGGUGAAGAUCGAGGUGGAGAACUGGGUGCUGAGGGUCAGCGGCGAGAGGAAGCCGGAGACGACGACGACGACGACGACGAGAUCAGGAGAUAAAAUGAGGUGGCAGUGGCAUCGGGUGGAGAGGUCGCACGGCAAGUUCUGGAGGCAGUUCAGGAUUCCGGAGAAUGCUGACCUGUCGUCCCUCAGGGCCAAGCUGGCAAACGGGGUCCUCACAGUCACGUACGCCAAGCUGUCUCCCGACAUGAUGGAAGGACGCAAGACUGUCGGCGUCGAUGGUGCGGGCGGUGGAGAUUCGGCCGCGGUGGUGCCGAGAUACAGGAUCAAGCCGGAGCUGUGACGCAUCGAUCUGAGUUGGGAAUUUGCUGUUGAGAUUAAAAAAAAAAUAGUACAUUUAUUAAGUUAGUUACCCAACUGCGCCUGAGAACAUUUUCGGGUUUUAUGUUCGUAAUUGUAAGUUGUCUUUUAUGACUCAAUUCAGUUUGCCAGUGAAAAAUAAUCUAUCUAGGUUUAGAGCAUUCUUAUCAAUACAAUUACAAAAAUAAUUAUAUAUACGGGAGGACGAAACUGAUAACUAUGUCUCUGAGAAAUUUGUGCCUCUGUUUUUCGCCUACGAACUCCAUUGACGAGCUCCAAACCAUGAAUCUCGCCAGCAGAUCUUGAUGGUUCUUGUUUUCGAUUUCUUUCGAUGAAAUCACUCGAAGAGCGAAAUCGUUGAUCGUGUUGACCGACUCUCGGAACCGCUUCUCCGACCCGAGAUUGAGAAACCUCUUCAUCUUCCAAAACAGAGGAACAGGGGAGGUGAACCUCGAGAAGCAAGUCUCCACCGCGUAGCCGAAUGCGUUCAUGAAAUCGAGAUCCCGGACAAACAAUUCAGGAUCCACACCGAACCCAACUCUGCAAAUGCUUCUGAAAGCGAAUUUAUUCAACACCUGCCGAAGAUCGAAACCCCUGUUUUCCUCCUCUGCUUCAAAUCACAAAGUUACGAUCUUUCAAAGUUUGACGAAAUCAAAAAAUGACCAGUUCGGAGUAGCAAAUAAUAUAUUUAUUUUCAACGAAGGUGGACCAAUCAUCAUUCGACUGUUUGCAGCUUCAAAGAUCUUGAAUAAUUAUGCAGAAUAAAAAAAAUUCGCAUAAUUCGGAUAAUUGAGUGCAAAGUUACGAUCAUCUGAAGUUUUAACCUUGGUAAUUAGGAGUAGUUCGCGGGUGUGAGCUAGCUAUCCACCCUAGAUUUAGUGCAGAUCGCUUGGUACAUCCGUGAUCCACUUUCGAUUAGCAUAGUUCGCUUUUAUCAGCAGUGAUCCACCCUGGUUCUCUGCACUGUCCACCGAACGCCACACUGGUUCACUAUACUUUCCAGCAAACUACUAUUUUGGGGAGAAAAAAUUAAGUGGGAUAUUGUGAGAUUUUUUUUUUAAGUUGUGGUAACUUGUGGUAAUCAAUGAUGAAAGUUGUA